AUGCCUACCGCCAACCCUUGGGACCCGGCUUCGACGCCAAACGCUGCUGGACUACUGUUGGGCCAUUUCGUAACUUCAGGUCUGGUCACACAGGAGAUGUUAAAUAUACCUAAGAAAUCACCUUCUUGCUUUGUGAACUUCUCCAGAGUACAGAAGAUCACAAAUACUCAAGCUGAAAUCUACCAGAAAAACUUGGAAAUUGAACUCUUAAAACUAGAAAAAGAUACAGCAGAUGUUAUUCAUCCUUUCUUUUUAGCUGAGAAAUGUCACAUCCUGCAAAGUAUGAAUAAUCAUUUGGAAGCAGUGCUAAAAGAGAAGAGGUCCCUCAGGCAGAGACUUCUGAAACCCAUAUGCCUGGAAAACUUGCCUAUUGAAGCUGUUUAUCACAAAUACAUGGUACAUUUGCUGGAGUUGGCAGUGAAUUUCAUUGAGAAAUUAGAAAGUCAUCUUGAAACAAUUAGAAAUAUCCCCCAUUUAGAUGCAAAUCUAAAGAACCUGAGCAAGGCUUUAGCAAAGAUGGAUAUUUUGGUAACUGAGACAGAAGAACUGGCAGAGAAUAUACUGAAGUGGCGUGAACAACAAAAAGAAGUUUCCUCUUGUAUCCCUAAAAUAUUAGCUGAAGAAAAUUAUCUUUAUAAACAUGACAUUAUAACUUCAUGUCCAAAUUGUUAA